UGACUUCAAAGUCGCAGGUGGUGAUCUGUUGGUUUCGGUGCUUGAGAAGCUGGCACCGAUCGCUUUUUCUCCGAUCCACCGAGCGCUGUGUGGAGACCGGACGGCCGUGUGGACGGAUGGAACUCAGGCGUUGGAAGAAGGGCGAGUGGGUUUGUGUCCGGCGAGAUGGACAACUCAGGAACGGACAGCUUGGGGAGAGCGCAGGUGGACCCCACUUUGAUGCUGGGUGGAAAUGGAUGCUGGAGAGUCUUUGACGUGGUCCGGGUCAUGAGUCAUGGGUAAAAAAAACAGCAAACAUGGGUUGGUUUCAGCGUACUUUCAUAUCUUUCAUACAGUCAGGUCAACAUGUAUGAAAAGGUGUGGGCAAAGUAUAUAGGAAUUCUUCACUCUGGGAGGGUGAAGCCAUUUCAUGGCCUGUUGGCAAACAUCUUGCUCGUGAGCAUAUAGUUAUAAGCAAUCUAUUUGUCACUGGUGAUUUUCAACACAAGCUUGUGGGUGCCAUGGCCAGCCAUGCCACAAGCUUGAAAAACAGAACACUUCAAGCAGAAUGGCUUUGGCAGGGAGCCGCCCCCUCGGCUCCUUGUGUGGCCUACUGACUAUUUGGAUCUAUUUAAUCUAUUUGGUUAAACGCACCAGUUUGUCUGAAAGCACUCCUCGGACUUCACGGUUCACAUGCCUCAAUAAAUUGGUUUGAGGUUCCCAAGCUGAGAAGUCGGACCACCGUUCUGAACAGGACUAGAGGGUUCUUGGGUUCUUGGCGGUUCCGCGAAGGCAGUAGCUGCAGCAACCAUCAGAAACACAUCCGAUCAGUUGAGGUGGUGGUGGUGCCAGGGGGGUCUGUCUGGGGUGGCAGUCCUUCCUGGCAGUCCCAUGGCCAGGUCGUGUCUGGGGGAGGGUUCGCUACUUCGAAAGAAGCCUCCAGGUCCAUCCCCUUUAGACAAGUCUCCUCCGUUUGGAUGACUUCACCUUCGUUUCAUCUCCUCUUUUGGACUCCUGGUGCUCCUGGUACAAAAACCGGACCCUCUGAGUGAAAGAACCUGAGUGAAACCACCUGUGACUGAGUCUCAGCUGGGUGCCACACCUCAGCUUUCUGUCCGAAAAGCUCUGGGCGCUGCUUUCAGGAGGUUCGCUUCUGUGGAGCCUGGGAGAAGAUGGAAUCCAUCCACCGGAGAUACCUGAAGAAGUUUCAUUCAUGGGAAGAGGGUGAGGACGUGGAGAUCCACGAUGGUUCAGGCGGCCCACCCCGAGCAGCGGUGGUGAAGGAAAACUUCGACGCCCGCGGGAAGAAGGACCUCUCGGAACUUCUGGUGAAGGUGGCUUGGACGAGCUCCGGCAGCACGGCCGUCGCCUUCAAGCGGGUCGCAGGGCGCAAGGAUGAAGCACAAGGCAAGCCGGAGGAGGCCGAGGUGGCACCCCCUCGAGCGCAGGCGAAGCGCCGAGCGGCUGUGAUCGAAGUGGUCGACGACGACGGCGUCGAGAGCGGUGGCGGUGCCGCGGAAAACGUGGUGAAAAGAACACGUUUUGCGGGCCCCCGCAUCAGCACGCGCUAUAGUCGCCAGAACCCCAAACCCGCCAUGACGCGACGCCACUGCGAUGCAGUGACGCGACUGCGAGACAACUGGAGCAAGCGAAAACGUGCAGUGCUGACGGCACUCGUUGAUUCAGGUGCUGACAUUCUUGGCUUGCAAGAAGUGAAGCCAGAUCAACUGCAAUUUCUGGUUUCUUCUCUUCAAUCACAUGGAUAUCAGCACGUCGGUGUGGGUCGAGGGAAGGAUGGCGAUGAUGAAGCCAGCCCAAUUUUCUUCAAGGAGGAUGUCUUUGAUCUUCUGAAACAUGACCAGCGCUGGUUGUGUGAGACUCCUUCCGUCCCUGGAUCGAAGCUGCUGGAUGCUGGGUGUCCUCGAAUCGUGACGGCGGCGCUGCUGGAAACCAAAGCCUCCCAGGAACGGUUCUUUGCCUUCUGUUGCCAUUUGGACCACCGGGGCAUGGAUCGUGCGGCUUUGCCCUUCUCCGCUGGGCUUCAGAUCCAAGCAAAGCAGGCAGAGAUCUUGCUGGACCAGGUCGAUGCUUUUUGCGAUGUGUCGUCCAGCACCUCAGAGCUGGGCGUCGCCGUGGCGCCGCGGGUGAUUUUGGGUGAUUUCAAUUCCUGGCGGAAUGCAGGAGCUCAUCUGGAAGCCUCCAGCGACUCGUCAAAAAGCUGGAUCGAUGGACAGCCCACCUUCACAGGCUUCCGCUCGGGACCGCUUUGGCGACGACUCCUGGAGAGGUUCCUGAGCGUUCAGAUCGACUGGAUCUUCGCUAAGGGCCACGUGACUCUAUCGAAGUAUGAGGUUGGGCCCGGCAGCUACAUGGCCAGUGAUGGCAGAACUCGAAAUCUCAGUGAUCACCUGAUGAUCGCAGCUGAUGUUUGCUUGCAACCUGAUGCUGCUUAG